UCUGGGGGCACUGAGAGUGGAGGCCUCAGACUCCUGGAGGAGCUGUGAAGAUACGCAGAACACCCACAAGGAAAGAAGUUGGAGUUGUGUUCCUGUCCCAAGCUUGAGUGGAUAUGAAAGGCCCGCUAAUCCUGCCCCUUCUCCUGUUGGGGACAGUUGCUGCUUUCCAUCUGGAGAAUUAUGCCCGCAGUCUCGACAGCCGUGAGACACAAGUUGAACUGAAUCAGAGUCUGGAAGGUUCAGGGGAGCAAGGAGGAGACCCGGCUCUGAUUGAUGAGGUGAUUCAGUCAGAGGAAGAAAAGGCCAAGCCUUCCGGCUCUCAGGUCACAUCUGAGCAUGAGGAGGCCGUGGAUUCGAACCUACCUGCCCCAGACAAAGACUUUGAGUGCCCAAAGGAAGAGGACAUAAUUCAAAUUCCAAGCAGUCCUGGGUGCAAGACCUGCAACUUCCUGAUGGUGCGACAGCCCAAGCCAUUUCAAUGUGCUCAGAGUAUCUGCAGUAGGUGCUACCGGGGCAACCUCGUCUCCAUACACAACUACAACUUAGAUUUUCGCAUCCUGUCCUCAGCCAGAGGGGUCUGCAUAGACGAGGUCUGGAUUGGAGGCAUCAGCAAUGGCUGGUUAUUGCAUGAGAGCUUUCGUUGGAUCGAUGGGAGCUGCUGGAAUUUUGUAUACUGGGCCGUAGGGCAGCCUGCACGAGGGCAGGGCAACUGUGUGUCCCUGCGCACCACAGGUGGACGAUGGCAGGUGACUUGCUGCCAAAGGAGAUUGCCCUUCAUCUGCUCCUUCUAAGCCCGUGGUGCCAUGGAGCCCCUGCUGGGAGCCCCCAGCUUUCACAAACCCCCUGACCUGCCUCUGCGCCCGGCCUCUGUCCCCCGGCCUCUUCUGGCCAUAAACCCAGACUUCCCACAGCA